AUGGGAAAGCUGAUUAACUUGCAGCAUCUUCAUGUUAUGGGUUGUGCUGAUCUAAAGUUGCCUAAGGAGAUUGCAAGGUUAACAAGUCUACGAAGGCUAGAUGAAGUUCGCAUCCAUGGCGAUGAUGACGUUGAUAACAACAAAGAAGCAUUAUUCGAGUUAAGUGAUUUGAGAAACAUGGACCAGCUUCGUGGGAGUUUCCGAAUAGAAUUUCUGGAGGAUCUCAAGGACGCGAGGCAGGCCGAGAAAGCGCAUUUGGUGAACAAAAAUUUCCUUGUCAGUCUGGAAUUCGAGUUCCCCUCAGUUGGAACAGCGCAACACAACGAGGAAGAAAUAGUGAAUGCCUUACAACCACAUCCAAAGCUGGAAUCCUUAUCUAUCUCAUUCUACAAUGGCACCACACUCCGGCCACAUUGGAUGACGUCGUUAAACAAAUUGAGAAGCCUUUACCUCAGAUAUUGCGACUUUGUUGAGUUUGUGCCUCCUUUGGGGAGAUUGGAGUCCCUUGAAGUACUGGUGAUAGUCAAUUGGGAUAGCUUGAAAAAGGUAGGAGUUGAGUUUUUGGGAAUAGAUGGAACAAUAGAAAUGCAAACGUCGUCGUCGUCAUCACUUAUUUUAUUCCCAAGUUUGAAAAGACUUGAAUUCUUGGUUUUGCCCAAGUGGAAAGAGUGGGAAGGAAUGACAGGGUGGAGUGAAGAAGAGGAUUCUCAUAAGACAAUUACAAUAAUGCCCUGCCUUUCUUCCUUACGAAUUGGUUAUUGCGGUUUGCUUAAAACACUGCCCAACUUCUUACAAAAUACACCGCUCAAGGAGCUUGUCAUCGGUUUCAGCUGUCAAAUUCUUGCACAAGGUUGCCGAAAAGGCAGAGGAGAGUGGCCCAAGAUUUCUCACAUCACAAACAUCAAAGUUGAUAAAGAAUUUGUACAAAAAGACAGAGUUUACCAAACUGAUGAUGAUAAGAUGCCAAGUGCCGCUUCCACCUCUUCUUCUGGUAAUGUUUAUUAA